CUGGCCAAUUCUUCAAUUUACAAAACAGCAGGAAAUAGAAACUUUGGAAAAAUGCAAACUACUUCAGAAAGGGAGGGCCCUGGGAGGUAGGGUCUCAGCAUUGGACCUCACUAACAACUGGUCUCAGCGUCAAAAAGCGCACUUUCAAACCCUCCUUCAAGCUCACAGCACUGCUUCCCCCCAACCCAGGAGAUGGUCAAGGAGGAGCAUGAAGUGGCUGUGCUGGGGGCGCCCCUCAGUUCUGCACCUAUCACAUCCACGGUGUUCAACAUCCGCAGCGACACCUCCGUGCCUGACCACGUCGUCUGGUCCCUCUUCAACACGCUCUUCAUGAGCUGCUGCUGCCUGGGCCUCGUGGCCUUCGCCUACUCCGUGAAGGUGCACGUGUCAUUCUCCACGAGAGCGUCAGCUGCACUCGGGUUGCCCACUGCCCACAGAGGUCUGGGGCCCCCAGGCUGGCUCAGAAAACACCACGUGCACAGACUUGGGAACCUGGGGGGAAAGCGCCAUACCCCAGCAGAGGGAAAGGAGCCCCAGACUCCCUGGGGGGACUGAGGGGCUAUGAGGAGGUCCCUCCACCAGCAGGGAGGGACAGCCGGUCCCUCCCCAGGUCCCCUCAUCACCUUGUCUCCCCCAGUCUAGGGACCAGAAGAUGGUGGGCGACGUGACCGGGGCCCAGAGCUACGCGUCCACUGCCAAGUGCCUGAAUGUCAUUGCCAUGGUCUUCAGCCUCCUACUGACCAUCGGGUUCAUCAUUCUUUUAGCCACUGGUGCGGUGGUGAGCCUCCAAGCCAUUUCACAGAUGUUGCAGAACCAUGGGGGCUACUAGUCGAUGCAGCCGGAGCCCUCCGGCCCCCCACCGCUGGCCCUGCAUGCUGCCCCACCCCCUUUUACAGCAGUUUUCACAUUUGUAUCUGUCUAUAAAUGAAUCCAAUAAAGUGCCUGUACGUGCAACAGU